GCUCGCCCGCCCGCCGUCCUCCGCCGCAGUCCGCGCCCAGCCUCGCCCGCAGCCCCCGCAGCCCGCGCCCGGCUCCGGCCAUGCUGUCCUUCCAGUACCCCGACGUGUACCGGGACGAGACCGCUGUACAGGAUUAUCAUGGACAUAAAAUCUGUGAUCCUUAUGCUUGGCUUGAAGAUCCAGACAGUGAGCAGACAAAGGCUUUUGUGGAGGCCCAGAACAAGAUCACAGUGCCAUUUCUCGAGCAGUGUCCGAUCAGAGGCUUGUACAAGGAGAGGAUGACUGAGCUGUACGACUACCCCAAGUACAGCUGCCACUUCAAGAAGGGAAAGCGGUAUUUUUAUUUUUACAAUACAGGUUUGCAGAACCAGCGUGUACUGUAUGUGCAAGACUCCCUAGAGGGGGAAGCCAGGGUAUUCCUGGACCCCAACACCCUGUCGGAUGACGGCACAGUAGCACUCCGAGGUUAUGCCUUCAGUGAAGACGGUGAAUAUUUUGCCUAUGGGCUGAGUGCCAGUGGCUCAGACUGGGUGACGAUCAAGUUCAUGAAAGUCGAUGGUGCCAAGGAGCUUCCCGACGUGCUGGAGAGAGUCAAGUUCACCUGCAUGGCCUGGACCCAUGAUGGGAAGGGGAUGUUCUACAACUCAUACCCACAGCAGGACGGGAAGAGCGAUGGGACAGAGACUUCCACCAAUCUCCACCAGAAGCUCUGCUACCACGUCUUGGGGACAGAUCAGUCCGAAGAUAUUUUGUGUGCUGAGUUCCCUGAUGAGCCUAAAUGGAUGGGGGGAGCCGAGCUGUCCGAUGACGGUCGCUACGUCCUGCUGUCCAUCUGGGAGGGAUGUGAUCCGGUAAACCGACUGUGGUACUGUGACCUCCAGAAGGAAUCCAACGGUAUCACUGGAAUUCUGAACUGGGUAAAACUGAUAGACAACUUUGAAGGAGAAUAUGACUACGUCACCAACGAGGGGACAGUGUUCACAUUCAAGACGAACCGCAAUUCUCCUAAUUAUCGUCUGAUCAACAUCGACUUCACGGACCCUGACGAGUCCAAGUGGAAAGUGCUUGUUCCAGAGCAUGAGAAAGAUGUCUUAGGUAAGGACAGAGGCUGCUUGGAAAGCGUGCCUGUGAGAACAUCGACAGGUUGGUCCACUUCACGGUCUGGUGACUGGUGCGUCAGUGCAGAACCUUUGGCUUGUGAUUCCUCUGUGGUUCUUGAGGAAGCUGAGUUUGCUUGGGCUUCCCCCCCAGCCUUGGGCGUUGGGCUACCCCUCCACCCCCAAGCCAGUGUCAGGCACACCCCAAGACAGCCCCACCGCUCUUCCCUGCAGAAUCCACACCUGCAGCUCGAGAGCCGCAGCUCAGCCCGGGUUUUCCAUGAAGACAGCUCUCUGCUGUUUGUGGUCCAGAACGUUUUCUUCAAGGCCACUUUCCCUGUCCUUUCCCUACAUGAUCAGGAACUCCCAGGGCGUGGCUCCCAGGAGACUGCAAAUGCAAUCCCGUUAAUGGUGAACAGUGAGGUCACAGUGUUGGAGGGGGAGGCAGUAGGCAGUGGUGCUGAUGAGGAGACCUCCGCUCCUCCAGGGUACCGCUCAGACUUGGAGGCUAACCUGAGACUUCCUCUCCUAGGUGUCAUUUACCACUGUGAUCUUACCAAAGAGGAACUGGAACCCAUAGUUUUCCGAGAGGUGACGGUGAAGGGAAUCGAUGCUUCUGAUUACCAGACAAUCCAGGUUUUCUACCCUAGCAAGGAUGGCACAAAGAUUCCAAUGUUUAUUGUGCAUAAAAAAGGCAUAAAGUUGGAUGGCUCACAUCCUGCUUUCUUAUAUGGCUAUGGUGGCUUCAACAUCUCCAUCACACCUAACUACAGCGUUUCUAGGCUCAUUUUUGUGAGACACAUGGGCGGCGUCCUCGCAGUGGCUAACAUCAGAGGCGGCGGUGAAUAUGGCGAAACGUGGCAUAAAGGUGGUAUCUUGGCCAACAAACAAAACUGCUUUGAUGACUUCCAGUGUGCUGCCGAGUAUCUCAUCAAAGAAGGCUACACAUCCCCCAAGAGGCUUACCAUCAACGGAGGCUCCAAUGGAGGCCUCUUAGUAGCUGCUUGUGCGAAUCAGCGUCCAGACCUCUUCGGUUGUGUUAUUGCCCAGGUUGGAGUGAUGGACAUGUUAAAGUUCCAUAAGUUUACCAUUGGCCAUGCCUGGACCACCGACUAUGGGUGCUCGGACAGCAAACAACACUUUGAAUGGCUUCUCAAAUACUCACCGCUGCACAACGUGAAGCUUCCAGAGGCAGAUGACAUCCAGUACCCUUCCAUGCUUCUCCUCACUGCUGACCAUGACGACCGAGUGGUCCCGCUGCACUCCCUGAAGUUCAUCGCCACACUUCAAUACAUUGUGGGCCGCAGCCGGAAGCAGAGCAACCCCUUGCUCAUCCACGUGGACACCAAGGCUGGCCACGGGGCCGGGAAACCCACCGCCAAAGUGAUAGAAGAAGUUUCAGAUAUGUUUGCGUUCAUAGCUCGGUGCCUGAACAUCGAGUGGAUUCAGUAAAUGGGAUUUCCACCUCCUCCCAACAGUCACAGAAAACCUCAAGGGCUGUCACACCAUCUUCACCAAGAAACCACUGGGCAGGGUGCUGCCCGCGUGAGCACCGUGCCUCGGCUCACAGACAGCAACCGAGCAGAACUGCUGUGGGGAUUUUAUCUUUUCUAGGCUUCUCCUUUGUAGCAAGCCCUUGAUGUUUUGUUUUUAUUUUUUUCCCUCUCUAUCAAGGCACAUAUUUUAAAAGGGGGCAAAGGGGGCAUGUGUGGAUAAGAAACUAAAUGACAGUGAACAUGAUGUGAAUAAUACUAGAUCCUUGGAUUGAGGAAGGGUCAUAGUUGGGCAUACUCAUAUAUAAUAACUCAAUGAAGUUGCUUCUCUAACCAUAACAUAUACCCUUAAAUACAUGGGAGACCUCAAGGGAGACUCCACUGCAUACUAAUAAAUGCUAUUUAAGAGUGGAGGCUUUAGUUUUGGUUCCUUUGCAACGAGAGGCAGCCCUCAAAAUGCAGAUGACUAUCAGAAUGAAGACUGUAGCCUUUAUGCAACAGGUUAGGUCCCAAACAAUUAGAACAUUGGGACCACCAAAGGGAGGCUGAUCCAUCCACCUCAUCUCACUUUGAGGGAUGCGACUGUGGGAGACGGUUCGUCUUCUCCACUGUUUCCUACUCAGGUAAAGAUCUGAUUGAGAUCUGUUGGUUUGAAUGCUUGUUUUUAAAAAUCCCUGGACUGGGGUUGGGUAGAUAGCUCUGUAGACAAGGGUGCUUGCUCUGAAAGCCUGAUGACCUGCUGAGUUUGAAUAACAGCACCAUAUAAAACGCCGGGCAAGGCUACAUGUGCCUGUAACCCCAGCAGUUGGGGCAGCAAUAGGCAGGUCCUGAACAUCCAGCGGCCGACCAAGUUAGCCAAAUGGUGAGCUUCCGGUUCAUGGAGAGACUGUGUGGUGACAGACAAGAAGGAAGCGGUCAUCCUCAGGCCUCUGAGUGCACGUGCAUAGAUGGGCACACCUGCACACUCACACGCUUGCACCAUACACAAAGACCACAUAAACACACAAAAACUGUGGACUGCAAAAUUAAGAUUAUUCACCUGUUUGCCCGUGUGUUGCCUUGGUUACAGAGUAUUUGUGGAUAUCAGACGACACAUCGCCCAAAUAGUCACUCCCCCAGUGUCCCCCUAACCUGGAACCUACGACAUUUCCCAAGCGCCUUCUCCCCCGCAGACUGCUUUCCAGAUGCAGUUACACUGUAAAGAGGAGAUGUUUCCAUUCGCUCUGCCCCACUCCAUACAGAGUCCUCAAACUUAGGCUUUGGGAAGAAUAUUCUGGGUGUGUUUUAACAUCUCACAAAGUAUUGUUCCUUGUCUUUGAGUUUGGGAAUGCUGAUCGGGUUUAUAAGAAAGAGGGUCUUUGUGUUACUUUA